AUGUCAGCUGGUGAGCUCAAGGACUGGCUAGGCAGCGACGAGUCCGUGGGCAGCGGCUGGAGUAAGGACGACGGUUCUGGCGAGACUAUCGGCCACGAGAGUGGUCGUAAAAUCAUCCAGAUUUUAGAGAAGAAUCCUUCCAAGGACCCAUCCAAGUAUGACCAGGAUGAUAUCGACCACAUGCGCAGAGUUGUAGCUUACAACAAGCGUCACCUCGCGCAAGAAGAAACUGCAAAGCAAAACACUGACAGCAAGAGUUACAAAUCGUUGAAAAAUUGGGGUCACGAUGCACAGAUGGCUUGA